AUGAGCGUCUCUGGAGUCAAGGCGGUCUUCACCUUCAAGGUAGCGUUCACCUUGAAGGCGGCGGUUACCUUUGAGGUGGCGUUCAUCUUCAAGGCGGCGGUUACCUUUGAGGUAGCGUUCAUCUUCAAGACGGCGUUCACCUCCAAGACGUUGUUCACCUUCAAGACGGUAUUCAUCUUCAAGGCGGUGUUCAUUCUUACGGCGCUGGUCAUCUUCAAGGCCAUAUUCAUCUGUACCGCGCUUUCUACAGGCUCCUCUUCCACUACCGCCGUCGUCGCGCAAUUUAAUGUCUUUUCCGGCGAUUACCAUCCUUCGCUUCAGCCGACCAUUCUGAGCGUCCCGAAUCUCGACCACGUCAUCUUCAACGAAGAUACUCAAAAGGCAGCCAGGCGUCUGGCCUCCUGA